ACGAAGCCGGAGAGGAUACACGCUAGUAUUUCCUAUUGGAUAUCCCCGCAAGGAAUCUUCGAUCCCCGCGCAAGAAACCCUGAGGUAUCAUCUUAUUUAAUUUGAUGGGGACCCCCGACUUGGCCCAUCGUGUGGUUGCAGCAGAGUGGGAAUGCAUUGCGUCUUGCUUACGGUACUCGGCUUUGUCGGUCUGUCUUACUGGUGAUUGGCUAUAUUAGAUGGUAUCCAAUGACCGAGUAUAGAAAGAAAAGCCUUGGCUGCAAGAUCCGUUGCCACCAAUGACCGAGGCUCUGCGGCCUCUGCGACCUUUACAGGCACAGAUUUCUGGCGAUUCUAGCAAUCCUCGGAGUCCGCAGCAAGCCGGGUCAGCCCCAGCACUUACACCCGUAUCUAUACCUGAUCCGUUGACGAGACGGGUAAUUUGUUCCCAAUGCAGGAUAAGAAAGGUGCGAUGCGAUGGCAGGCCAGACAUCUGUCAGAACUGUGAUCGGCUUGGCUUCGAGUGCUCGUUUCAGCAAGCGCCCGGCAAGUCGCCCGGCCAGUAUUUUGUGAAGCUACCGGAGAGGCGGCGGCGUAUGCAAGCGUGCAUCCCGUGCCACUCCAAGAAAACCCGGUGUCUCGGUGAGCUACCGAGCUGCUCUAGCUGCGUCCGCAGAAAUCGGGUUUGCACCUACCCCCGCACCAGGAGAAACGGGACUUCGGCUCAUGGCCACGAUGUUGUGGAGGGCUCCAGGGUCGACGGUAAACAGGCGAAUACAUCGCCCGGUCAAGAUAUUGGGAUGGUAGGCCAGGCGGAAGGGUCCGCCAUAGAUCAUGAGACGACGCUGAGCUUGCUGGAAGAUUACUUCCAGCACCUCUAUCCACUACCGUCAUUCGCUUUCUUCCACAAGGCGACAGUUAUACAGAGGUGCAAAGACCAGACCAUGAACGAAACUCUUAAGCUGUCAAUAUGCGCCAUUACGGCGUUGCAGCUACAGCGCACAUCGCUCUGUCAUGACCUUUGGAUCCAACAGGCCGAGCAGUCGAUCCUGCAACAAAUAGGACGAGCCUCUAUAUUCCAUCUUCAAGCACUUCUCCUUGUAAUUCGGUAUAAGAUAGAAAGCGGGGAGUUCCCAACAGCGUUUAUGUUAGCCGCGCUGGCAGCUCGCACGGCGCUGGCCUUGCGUCUAAAUUACGAGCGCCCCGAGCUGUCCGACGUUGCCCAGGAAGUUCGCAGACGGCUUUUCUGGGCGCUGUAUCUGCUCGACGAUUUCUUCUGCGUAGGGCUUAGGGAAUUCGAAUUAUGUCCCGAAGAGACAAUUCACCUCCAACUACCCUGCGACGAGGACUACUUCGAAAUGGGCCGGUUCGUACAUACCGGCUUGCUCCGACCCGGGCCCUCGGAGGUCUUGACAACGGUCGGUUUGCGCGGCGUAUAUCUCCGUUUGACGUCCGUUCGACGGGCAGUUAUGAGGUUUAACCGACGAGUCGGUCUAGGCGAGGAAUUAUCCUCUACAAUAGGCGGAAGCAUCCGACACUUCGAAGAAGAACUACGGUCUCUCCAAGUGUCUCUCCGGCCAGCCGACCAAUACUCGGUAUCCAAUAUGCAAUCCAGCAAAUGGCCAGCGCAGUUCGUCAUGCUGCACAUGUCCUGGCACCAAUGCCAUUGCGACCUAUACCGCCUCGGCCUAGACGGCUAUAGCGAGGCUGCUCCGUCGCCCGUCCUCGCGGCGCUGCACCCGCGCGACCGCGUGGCCAUGCAGUUCAAGUGCCUGGAGCACGCCGAGAGCAUCAUCCGCAUCGUCUCCGACUUCUCCAACUACGAGGACGCGAGAGAAUGCCUCCUCGAGCGCGACGCCGCCGUCUGCGCCUUCGAAAGCGCCCGCCUGGUCAUGUUCGGCUCCCGCAUACAAGGCGCCGUGUCAACCCUCGACGUCGCGAUAAAUAAGGCAAAACUAUCUCUUGGCCUUAUCACGCGGUUCUUCCCCCAUUCUGCGUCAACGCAGCCGCUACGAAAGGACUUGGAGCGGCUAAUAGCCAGCUACUCGGUGCGUCUCGCCCUCCAAACGCAAGAAACCUUCACCGAGCCCGAGCAGCCGCCUUCCACCCGCCUGUCCACCAAGGUCUCCCAGUACGCGAGUUCGCGCCAGCGGCUCUCCGUCCAAAGCCUCCUGCUGCAAUCGGAUUUCGUCGACGACAGCCACGAGAUCGCGGGCCCGACGCCUCCCGCCGACACAUACACGCACGCCCUGCCUGACUUGCUGCAACCUUCCGCCCAGUCGCCUUCACCGCACGGAUACGGCCCCAGCAGCGACAGGACGAGCGCAGCCGCGUCCAAACCCCAGCAGUGGAGCCCCGCGGGGAACGGCCAGCUGCCGUCUCCGGGCCUGUCUCUCGACGCGGGGCAGGAAGACGCGGGGCUUAUCUUCAACCCGUGGAUGGGGUUCACCGGCACAGAGGAUAUGUCGGGUCGGACGCCGGUGCUUGACCACGAAUUUUAGUUAGGAGGCGCGCACGCAUUGAUUUCGGCGAUGACGAGUGGCAGCAAUAUAUUGACGGGCACAGAAUGAGACGGUAUCCUCAGAUCACUGCGAGAGCUGGAGGGGCAGGGGAUCUAGUAUUAGGUCUCGUCCGAGAACGACAGUAUGGUACAUCUUCCCUUGGGCAAGAUUUACGCAUAUCAAGGACAACAACAAUAAUAAUACAAAGUUACUGUCAUCCUUA